GCCAGCCAGUGCCGUUCUCGUAGCAGAUAACCAAGUCGUAAAUCAUGGCCAGUCGGCCGCUCGGAGCGCAUCAAACGACAAAUAGGGUGCAAAAUCGUGGAAAAACUAAGUCCCUAAGAGUGCGACGAGUUUAUCGUAUAUAUAUAUAUGUAUAUAUGUAUGUAUAGAUAUAUAUAUAUAUAUAGAUAUAUAAAUAGAUAUACAUAGAUAUAUAUAUGUGUGUGUGUGUAUAUACAGAUAUUUGUGGAUUUCUCUUUCUUUUUCUCUCUCUUUUUCUUACAUCGUUUUUUGCUCCUUCUUCCUCUUGUUCGAGUGUAAGGAAAGAAGACAGCGAAGAGAGUUUACCGUGCGUAUAUAGAAGAAAGUACAAGUGCGACCGUCAGAUAAUUUCGUCUUCUUCUUUUCCUUUUCCUUCGUCCAUGCAUCUCUGGAGCGAUCAGGUGAAAAUUAAACCUCGUAAGACCUGAUCGAUAUCGUAUCGUAAGGAAAGAAAGAAAGAAAGAAAGAAAGAAGGAAGGAAGGAAGGAAGGAAGGAAGGAAGGAAAAAGAGCCGAGCGGAAACUGUUGGAAUUAUCUCUUCUUCUUUAAACGAAGAGAAGAAAAGGAAAAAGAGGAAAGAAGCGAAAUUAAAAAUAAUGUGCAGCAACGAAAGUCCACCGCCUGCUAAGGAACCAUUGGCCGUUGGAUUGGGUAAUCCAAUGGCUGGGUUCUUACCAGGAUUGGAACAUUAUCGUCUUCAACUUUAUCAUUAUGCCAUGGCCGAGAGGUUGCGUUUGGCUCAGCAAUUACAUCCUCAACAUCCUGGGGUCGGUCAUCCACCGUCGGGUUCACCGGGACAUCUUGGAAUGGGCGCCGCGUUUCCCGCACCAUUGCCAUUGUAUCCAGCAGCAGCGGCUGGUUAUCCAAGUCGAUUGGCAUUGUCAAUGGCGUUACUGCAUCCUCAUCAUCAGAGAAUACCGGAGGAACCCAAACCGCAGCAUAGUUACAUCGGUUUAAUAGCUAUGGCUAUAUUGUCGUCGCCGGAAAAAAAAUUGGUCCUUUCGGAUAUCUAUCAGCACAUACUCGAACACUAUCCCUAUUUUCGUACGCGCGGUCCGGGCUGGAGAAAUUCUAUAAGACACAAUCUCUCGUUGAACGAUUGUUUCGUUAAAUCGGGUAGAAGUGCCAACGGGAAGGGUCAUUAUUGGGCCAUUCAUCCGGCUAAUCUCGAGGAUUUUAGACGCGGUGAUUUUCGUAGACGCAAAGCCCAAAGAAAAGUACGAAGGCAUAUGGGUUUAGCCGUUGACGAGGAACCCGACAGUCCCAGUCCACCACCUUUGCCAGCUACACCACCACCUUCCGCAUCGGCGCUAGUUGGUCCAACCGUCGGUUCUCAACAGAUCACGGGAAUUUGGACGAGUCCUGCGCCACCACCACCUCCGCCACCUCCGCAUUCUCAUCACCAUCAUCACCAUCAUCAUCAUCAUCACCAUCAACAACAACAACAACAACAACAACAACAACAACAGCAACAGCAGCAACAGCAACAGCAGCAGCAACAGCAACACCAGCAACAACAUACUUUUCAAAAUCGUUCGAUCAGACAAUCGUCGUCUCUUCAACCAUCGAGGAAACGACAGUUCGACGUAGCUUCUCUGUUGGCGCCGGACGAUCAACAUCACAUCGAGUCGGACUUGAGAUCGAACAAAUCCAGAAGGUUCAGUUGCAGCGAGGAAGACGAAUUACAUGAUCUUCACGAACACGAACAGGAACAAGACGAGGACGUUGACGUUGACGUCGACGUUGACGUUGUAGCAGAAAGCAACGCUAUUCCGUCGCCUAACGGAACAACGCCAUCGGCCAGUCCAGAAGCUAAAUUGGUCUCACCGAUCGGACAUUGGAACGAUCGGAGUUUGCAAACUGGACCACAACAGUUACCAUCUCUUCAUCUUCACAAUCACGUACACGUUAGGAAUUAUUACGUACCGGCAAACGCCAGUAACGCUUCUGGUGUCUAAUCGAAUCUCGAAAUAUGUGUUGCGUGCAUACGUGCGUGCGUGUAUGCAGGUGUGUAUACAUGUGUGUUUAUGUGCGUGUAUAUAUCUGUCUCUCUUUCUCUUCGAUGAAAUGAAACUUUUAAAGAGUGUCCGAAAGUCAUCGUCAGAAAAGAAAAAAAAAUAAGUAAAUAAACAAAUAAUUAGAUAAAUAAAUAAAUAAAUAAAUAAAUAAAUAAAUAAAUAAAUAAACGUCGUUUAGAUGCGUACACAUAGUGAUCUCCAUCGAUAUCCUUAUACGGAAGUUUGAUUUAACAUCGACGAACGAUUAAGUGCAAUAAGCUCCUAUCUGUUCUUAUUAAAAUCAUCGGGGAGUCUGGUGCUUCUUUAAAAAGGAAGAAAGAAAAAGAACACACACACACACACACACACACAGAGAGAGAGAAAGAGAGAGUCAACUAAACUAAACGAAAUUUUCUCCCCCGAUCGAUCGUGCCGACAAUUUUCGACAAGGACGAAACCGGCCAAAAAAAUUAAAAAAAAAAAGACCAAAAGAAAAUGACAAAAGAUUUGCAAACUUCAAAGAUUUACUAUCGAGGUAUGGAUUAAGGAAGAGGAUCGUGUGUGCGUGGGUGCAUGCGUGCGUGGGUUGAAGAGAGAGAAGAUCUACUUGUAAAUAAAUAUAAAAUCGAGUCGAAGAUCUCUCGCGUAUGUUCAAAGUGUAAUAUAAAGAAGGAAGAAAUAAAAGGAAAAAAAUAAAUAAAUAAAUAAACAAACAAUACGCAUAGAUAGAUUAUACGUAGUGUAUUGUAAAAAUAGACGUUGUUUCCUUUCUUUUCUUUUUUUUUUUUCUUUUUCUUUUUCGAUGUACCAAACAAAAAGAAAAGAA